UCUCGACUUCCAACUAUUAUCGUUACUAAUGUAACGCGAGGGUACUAGCCGCAAGCUAACCGGCUAACGUUAGCAUCCGGACAACCAACUAGACUUCAGGUUGCACUUUGGAGAUAGAGGGGGAGGCAAAUGUCGCCUUGUUUUAUUAUUUGACCUCCAGAAAUAACUCAGGACCAUUCAAACUACUAAACGUCCCGAAAGAGACCGACAACUCGAGUUAUAAUAUUCUGGAGAGCGAGUUUUCACUCCAGCAGACAGUAGCGUCAGGAGUAGUAACAGCAACGUAAGCGUGCGGAAAACAAAAGGACUUCACAUGACUGCUCAGCUAAGAUGGAGAAAUAUCUUCAGCUAGCACACCUGGCUGCAAUAGAGUACCAGCCAUGCCCUCAGUGAUGGAGCGCUCGGGGUCCGGGGUCCUGUCCAGGAGCAGAGCCAAGACUGUCACCAAUGGCAACAGCCAACCACACUCUGAAGACGAGAGCAGUGACGAAGAGCAUGCUCAUGACAGUAUGAUCCGAGUGGGAGGAGACUACCAGGCUCAGAUCCCAGAGUUCAAACCAGACAGUCCUAACCGCUACAAUGAGAAGGACCAAAGGAGCAUGUUGGUCUGGUGUCCCAGUGUUCAGCUGUCUGAUGCAAUGUUGGACGAGUACAUCCUAAUGGCUAAAGAGAAACAUGGAUACAACAUGGAGCAGUCUCUGGGCAUGCUGUUAUGGCACAAACACGAUGUGGAGCGCUCGCUUGCGGACCUGGCCAACUUCACCCCUUUCCCAGACGAGUGGACAGUGGAGGACAAGGUUCUGUUUGAGCAGGCCUUCAGCUUCCACGGCAAGAGCUUCCACCGCAUCCAGCAGAUGCUUCCAGACAAGCUGAUCUCCAGCCUGGUGAAAUACUACUACAGCUGGAAGAAGACCAGGACCAGGACCUCCGUCAUGGACCGACAGGCCAGGAGGCUGGUCAGCAAGAGAGAGAAAGAAGACAGUAACGAUGAGGUUGAGGAGGCAGACCCCGGCAGUGACAGUGACUUUGAGAUUGACACCAAGAAAGAGGCAGUGAAACAGAACCCCAACAACAGCCACGCAGACAAGGCGGCCGCCAGCCGCUCGGGGCCGGUGAAGAAGGAGAACCUCGGGGCUCAGUACCGCCACCACCCGCUCAGAGCGCGCCGCCGGCCCCCCAAAGGCAUGUACUUGGAGCAGGAGGACAUCAUGUCGGUGUCGGCCUCGCACGACGCCGGGGUGCUGACCAUAAGACAGCUGGACACGCAGCUGGUGUCGCUUAAAAGACAGGUCCAGUCCAUAAAACAGAACAACAGCAGUUUGAAACUGGGUUUGAAUGAAGGUGUGGAUAAUUUAAAACCCUCUGAGUCUGCCCCAAAGAUGAACUCCCGUUGGACCACAGAGGAGCAGCUUCUGGCUGUGCAGGCUAUCCGUCGCUACGGUAAAGACUUCACAGCCAUUGCCGAGGUGAUCGGGACCAAGACUCCAGCUCAGGUGAGUUCGUUCUUCGUGAGCUACCGGCGCCGCUUCAACCUGGACGAGGUUCUGAGGGAGUGGGCAGCCGAGCAGGUGGCCACCAGCCGAGACCAGAGAGACCCCCGUAGGAGCAGCGAGGAGGUGACGGCUGCAGAGGGGGGAGCAGAGGAGGACGAGGUGAAAAUGGAGGACUCUCCCUCGGACUCGGCCGGCGGCUCCUCUCCGCCUUCCUCCACCCAAACCCCCUCCUCCCUCUCCCAGCCUCCCCCCCUGCUGCGCCCCGCGCCUCCGUCGGCUCCCCCCAGCCUCCUCCGCCAGCCCCCUCCCCUGCAGACGCGCCCGCUCCAGAACAGAGCGCCCCACAACCACCCCCCGCCUCCCCUCAUCCGGCCCGCCGUGACCUCCUCCUCUUCCACCUCCUCCACUGGGGGCUCCAGCCUCAGAGCCUCCCCCCCCAGCUCCUCCUCCUCCUCUGCUGCAGGGCAGUUGCCCCCGUCACUUGUCGGGCUCAAAGUGGAGCAGCCCAACUCGCACUGAUACGCACUGGUACACACUGAUACACACACACACACACACACACACACACCCCUUUAAAUCCACCACAUGACCACAGGAUCCAUCACACUCAGGCUCACAGCUCUUAAAAUACAGGAAGAGUGUGUCUCCCCCCCACGCAGCCCCUUUACUGUACCAACAAACACCUACCUCCAGACCAUCGUACACACACACACACAAAACAAGCUAUGAACUGAAAUCUACCUGCACACACCUCGCUGAACAACACGGAAAAUGAGACACUGGAUCAUCGAGCUUGUGAAGAAAACCCACCUGCUCGUUUCCAUGGCAACUGCUGAACAUCUGGAAGAGUAUGGUCGAACACACACACACACACACACUAAAUGUAUAUCUACCUAUACUGUAGGCAGGUUUUAGGUCCCCCGAGAACAACCUUCAGGAAACUCAAAUAAUGAUUUAAAGUCGGGGGAGAAAGUGGUCGAGAGGAUGUGAAGACACGCCUUUCCCUAAUGAGCUGCGCUUUGAAACUCUGGACCCUCAGAGAGGAGCGGAAAGGUACUCCUGCAAAGAACCGGAGCUCUGUACUCCAGGCUGUGACUGUACUGUCAUGGCGCCGAGCUGCGUCUCCCUCCGCUCUACUAGUAUUAACUGGAGUGAUGUUUCUGUUUUUUUUAAUAGACUAAAAGUGAGCUCUAGGUAGGCAGUUAUUGUUAGUAGUUUAGAUGAUGAUGAUGAUGAUGAUGAUGAUGAUUAUUGACUGAGCACUCAAGAGAAACAGUUUAACACGUGGGACCGGACGCUGGUUUUGCCCUGGCUCAAACUGGUUUCUCUCUUUGGUCGCCAACACCGGUCGCUGCAGAGACAAGAUUGGGGAAAUAUGUUGAAGCCUGAUAUUUAAAGCAGGUUUACAAAUAGUAAUGAGGACUUCUGACCUCUUCUGACAGAUAAUCAAAAUCUGAAAUAUGAAAUGUUCUGCCAAAGUCUGUUGUUAAUGCUUUAAAAGCUCAUGUCACACAGGAUUCUCCGUCUGCUUCCUGCAUGUUCGACACGGUACAUUUUGGGAAACAUGAAUUUUUUUUGCUGGCAAUGAUACUGAAAGUUUGAUUCUCAAAAUGCAAAACGAAUCUUCCUUAUUUUGUUGCGUGUACGCUGCUCUCCACACAGAUCUGGUUCAGUCCUGAGUUUGUGUUUAAACUGCGUGUGCGGUGUUGAGUUCCCGCGGCAAUGAGCAGGAAUCAAAGCGGCCAUCACCUUGUUGGGCGUUGAAGCGGCUGGCCUUUUGACUUUCAUUAUUGUUCCUUCCUCGAACAACUGCUUGUGUGUGAACUGUAUGUGAGAAGUUGUUUACAUUGUUGAAACUGAACUGUUUUUGUUUGAGAAAUGUCUUUUUUUAGAAUAAAGA